UUUGGUACAGUCGUUAUACUGGAGAGGGGCAGCCAAAUAUUUGACAAACUAGCCGCAAAUCGUUUAGCUUAGCCAGCUAAGAAUUAAAAUAAUACACCGAUUAUAAAAGAACACACAUUUCAUUAGGUUUGAUCCGCUUAGGUGUUUGUUAACGAUUUGGGUUUCCAUUUAAUCAAGAUGUCAACUCCAGCAAGACGACGUUUAAUGAGAGAUUUUAAACGGCUGCAAGAGGACCCUCCAGCUGGAGUUAGUGGAGCCCCAUCAGAAAACAAUAUCAUGGUAUGGAAUGCUGUCAUUUUCGGACCCGAGGGAACACCUUUUGAAGAUGGAACCUUCAAACUUACCAUUGAAUUCACAGAGGAAUAUCCAAAUAAACCUCCAACAGUGCGAUUUGUCUCCAAAAUGUUUCAUCCAAAUGUGUAUGCAGAUGGCAGCAUAUGCUUAGAUAUUCUUCAGAAUCGUUGGAGUCCAACCUAUGAUGUGUCUUCAAUCUUAACUUCAAUACAGUCUUUACUGGAUGAGCCAAACCCAAACAGUCCUGCCAACAGCCAAGCAGCCCAGCUCUACCAGGAAAACAAACGGGAGUACGAGAAAAGGGUUUCUGCUAUUGUUGAACAGAGUUGGCGUGACUGUUGACCCCCGUUGUCGUUGGAGUAUGAACAGUGUCCAGCCCAGAAACAAGAAAACACUGAUCAAGAAAAUUGACCGAUCUCACCAAAACGAAAUGACACAUCUUAAAAUCCUUCGGUAUGUUUGUCCCCCUAACUGUUGCAAAGUUUGUAUGCCGUUGUGUUGUGGCAUUCACUCCUGCUGAAUGCUAUUGUUGGGCAAUAGCGUAUGUUUGGUAAAAGUUAAUGUACCUUGUUAUAUCCGGGUUACUUGCUACAUGCCCCAGCAUUUUUUUUUUCUCUCUUCUCUCAGCUGUCACUUUUCUACCCAUUUAUUCAUACAUGAAGUAAUGUGGUCGGAUGAUAGGGCGACAGAUACUUAGAUGUGCUUGCUGUGUGGUUUGCUGUGUAGAUACUGGCAGUUCAUAUUUACAAAAAGCAAAGCUGUUCUUGGGUGUUUUGGGGCUCACUCUUCUUGGUUCUGUCUCUGCCUAUCAAAAGCCUUUAAGAGGGAUCGAAAAUUAACCUGGCAUGGACAUCCAUCCCUCUAACAACUCAGCAGAUGCCUUUUGGGGGUCAUUUUCUCUCUCAGCUUUUCUUGUAAAGCCAUGCCUUUGAUUUAAAAAGGAAAAAAAAGAAAUCUAAACACAAAUGUCCCUCUUCAAUACAGAAACAGGAUAUUUAGUACCCUGUCCAAGCACUUAACUUGGUUUCAUAAUGCUGACUUUUUAAAGCUGUGUGAACAUUUCUAUGCUAUUUUACAAUCUUGGAAAUCAGCUGCCAUAAAAAGCUGAUUACACUGUUUUAAACAGGAUGGUGUCCAUUUUCAGAUUAUAAACCUUUGCACCGGUAACCCAUGUAACAAACUGUACAUUUUCUUGUAAAUAAAAAUAAAUAUACACCA